AUGUCGUUUCUGUCCAACAAUCCUCGUCUUACCCAGAACGGAGGCCUAGCGCCUGCUUACGAUUCACAAUCCGAGCAACCAUUCGCAAAAUCACCCGUGGCCAUCGAGUCCUGCAUACACGACUUAAUCGAACAGCGCUGUCAAGAACAACCUGAAGCUUCCGCAGUAUGUGCUUGGGAUGGCGAAUUUACGUAUCAGCAACUCAGUAACUUGUCUCGCUCGCUCGGUGCGUUGCUAUCUGCUCAGGGUGUUGCACCGGAGGUCUUCGUGCCUGUCUACUUUGAGAAAUCCCGGUGGACAGUGAUUGCGAUCCUAGGCAUUUUGCACGCCGGAGGCGCUUUUGUAUUACUUGACCCAUCACACCCGUUCCAACGACUCGAGAGCAUCUGUCAAAAGGUGAAGGCACGGUUGGUAAUAACUUCAUCCCAGAAUGCACCACAAGCUGGCCGUCUUGCCUCAAAUGUGGUGGUUGUAAAUGAAAAGACAGUGCUGGAAGACCAUAAUUCAGUUCGAGGAGCAGAUAGUUAUUCGAAGCCAAACAAUGCCGCCUAUGCUAUGUUUACCUCCGGGAGUACAGGCACUCCUAAGGGGGUUGUUAUUGAACAUCGAUCUGUCUCAUCUUGGGUCGUCGCCUACGGCCCAAGAGUAGAUCUCACCCACACAUCGCGUGCACUUCAGUUUUCUUCUUACGCCUUUGAUGGCUGUCUUAUGGAGAGCUUCCCCGUGUUAAUACACGGGGGAUGCGUAUGUAUUCCGUCGGAAGAGGAACGACGGAGUGACCUUGUCGCUGCAAUGAAUCGCCUGCGAGUUAACUGGGCUUUUCUCACCCCGUCCAUGACCCGUUCCCUGGAUCCCAUGAGACUGCCAAUGCUGAGGACCUUGGCAUGUGGUGGGGAAGCCAUGGCUGCGCAGGACAGAGACCAAUGGGCUUCUCACUUGUCCUUGUUCAAUGUUUACGGGCCCACCGAAUGUACUGUUGUAACCUGUGUUCAAGCCGUCCCUGAGGCAGCGGAUUUGCCUAUCAAAAUCGGCUAUCCGGUCGGUGGAAGCUACUGGAUAGUAGAUGAGGAUGACGUUCAAAGUCUCUGUGCAGUAGGUCAAAUAGGUGAGCUGCUGAUAGAAGGCCCGAUUGUUGGGCGAGGAUACAUGAAGGACGAGGCCAACACUGCUAAUAGCUUCAUCGACCGUCCCGAAUGGCUGCGGAAUUUAUGGCCGAGCGCCCGGGGCAAAGUUUAUAGGACAGGUGAUCUUGCCCGCUGUCAUCCAGAUGGAUCUAUCGAAUGCCUGGGCCGCAAGGACAGUCAAUUGAAAAUCCGUGGACAACGAAUGGAAGCGGCCGAGAUUGAACAUCACCUUCGCUUACAUCUCCCUGUCAAGGAUGCGGCCGUGGAGUUGAUUCAAGCGAAGGACGACCCUGGAACAUCUUUAUUGGCUGCGUUUGUGGUACGCGAGAUCAGGAAUACGUGCCUUUCACAAACGACCAAUCCGGAAGCUGAUUUACUGGCUUCAGAUGAGGGUUUCGAGAUAUUAAUCCAGCAAGUGAGAGAAUUGUUGAAGCUUGGUCUGGAGAAAACAGUGACGACACCGCCCCGGAAUUUGAAGGAGGAAACGAUGCAACGGCUGUGGGCUGAGGUACUGCAUUUGCCUGCUGGAUGUAUUGGCAUUAACGAUAGUUUCUGGAACCUAGGCGGGAAUUCCAUACGGGCGAUGAAGUUGGCUGGGAUAGCGCGCCGGCACGGGCUCACCCUAAGAGCCGAUGAGAUUUGGGGAGCCAGUACGCUAGAGGAAAUGGCAUCGCAUGCACGUUUAGACAGUCUUCCGUCGGAAGAAACGCCGGCUUUCUCGCUUUGUAUGGAUCGGAGUGAGCAGACGGAGAUAGUGCAGAGCCUAGGCGCGCAUCAGGUAAACCAGGAUGAGAUUGAGGACAUAUACCCUUGCACUCCGCUCCAGGAGGGUCUCUUUUCAUCGGCCGUCACACGUCCCGGCGUGUACACCAUAUCUCUUGAAUAUGAGCUUCCGGCUCACCUCGAGGUUGAUCGAUUCCGCCGCGCUUGGCAAGCAACAGUUGAGGCCAACCCAAUUCUGCGGACACGGAUAGUGUCAGGUAAAGGUGCAUGUCUUUACCAGGCUGUCAUCCGCGAUAAUAUUCCAUGGGACACACGAAACCCGAGCGAUGAUGUCCCCGAAGAGUGGAAAACCUGGCUGUUGGGGCGCCGAUUGAUCAGACUGGCGUUAAGUGAUCUAAAAACCUCGAAGACGCCUCGCCAUUUCACGCUGGUAAUUCACCACGCACUAGUCGAUGGCUGGGCGCUUCCAUUAUUGCUGCAACAAGUGGAAGCUGCCUACAGAGGGGAGCAAUUAGUCUCAAGGCCUUUUAGUCCCUUUGUCCGAUACUUGACAUCGCAAUGUCAGAGUGAGAUAGACCGUCAUUGGAUGGAGUGUCUAUCGGGCCUCAACACAGUCCAGUUUCCCAAGCUGCCGUCCCCUGGCUAUGUACCGAAACCGACGGGAAUGACAGCACAUACCAUUCCCAUUGCAGCGGCUUCCGACAUUGAUCAAAUAACUCUACCGACUCGACUCACCAUGGCUUGGGCCCUUCUAUUGUCUCACUACACAGAUAGUCAGGAUAUAGUCUUUGGAGUAACUGUUGCCGGCCGUGGUGCGCCAGUUGAGGGCAUCGAGUCGAUGACUGGGCCCACUAUCGCUACUAUUCCAAGACGACUACUUUUUGAGCCUCGAGCAACAGUGAUCGAGAUCUUGAAAAGUAUUCAGGCGCAGUCACUUCAUACGAUGUUCGCGGAGCAAGCUGGGCUUCAGCGCAUCAGUCGCCUAGGCGCUGAGCCUAACGCUGCCACCCAGUUCCAGAGUCUCUUCGUCAUUCAGGCAGACGAAGGCGAACAUCGACCUUCGCCCAUGUUUUCCAAAGUCCGCAGCCUCACUCGUCCGGCAGAUAUCAGUACAUAUGGUAUUACAAUAAAUGCUAAGCCUUCGUCGACCUCGGUGUUGCUUGAAGUCACCUACGACCCGCUGAUGGUUACCGAUGUGCAAGUGGAACGGCUAACUCAUCAACUGGAAAAGAUAUACCUUCAAAUAGAGCAGAUUCCCAACGCCCACGUGGAAGAUAUUGAGAGCAUCAGUUCUUGGGAUGUGGCGACGUUGCGAAAGUGGAACGGCCAACCCCCGGUACGGGUCGAACAGUGUGCCCAUGAACUCAUCUUUCAACGUACGCUGGCCCAGCCCGAAGCACCCGCUGUUUGUUCGUGGGAUGGGGGGCUAUCAUACCCGGAACUUGACUCGUAUGCCAACAAUCUGGCAAAGCAUCUAGUGCGCAUGGGGGUUGGCCCUGAAACAUUCGUUCCCUUGUACUUCGAGAAAUCGCGGUGGACCACGGUCGCCAUGUUGGCUGUCCUGAAAGCUGGCGGCGCAUUUACCUUGCUCGACCUCUCACAUCCGAAAGACCGACUUCAACAAAUUUGUCAGGAACUAAGUGCCUCUAUUGCCAUCUGCUCGGAAGCUACCGCCCCUUAUGUCAAACAACUUGGGCCAAUGGAUGUUGUCAUCCUCGGCCCCAACCAUACCAAACUAGUCGCCACUGAAUGUUCUGUGAACAUAACUUCGUCCACCCCAGACAACGCCAUGUAUGUCGUGUUUACUUCGGGGUCAACCGGCAAGCCCAAAGGGGCUGUUAUAACGCAUGGAAGUUGGUGCACUAUGACGCAGGCGGUAUACCCCAAACUUCAUCUCAGCCAUGCCUCGCGGGUGUUGCAAUUCGCUUCCCAUGCGUUCGAUGCGAGCAUAUUCGACUACCUCACGACGCUUGUAGCUGGCGGCUGUGUAUGUGUGCCUUCAGAGCAUGACCGCAUGUCAAAUCUUCCGAAAGCCAUCGCAGAACUCCAAGCCAAUUGGGCGUUGCUCACACCCACUGUCGCACGCACAAUAAGCCCUCAAACUUCUCCUUCUUUGAAGCAUCUCUUGCUAGGUGGGGAGCCUAUGACCCCGGCUGAUGUCCAGCAGUGGUCCCCUUACCUGCAGCUUAUGAAUGCCUACGGCCCAGCUGAAUGCGCAGUCAUAGUUACCUUACAACAGGCCGUAAGAGACCCUCAGAUGACAGCUAAUAUUGGUACUACUAGCGGGGCUGUCGGAUGGGUUGUUGAUCCACGCAAUGUCAAUCGCCUGUGCCCAGUCGGCGCUGUCGGAGAGCUGCUUGUUGAAGGACCGACUAUUGCGCGGGAAUACGUGAACCAUCCGGAAAUGACGGCGGAGGCUUUUGUAAAAGAUCCCACCUGGAUGCACACCUUCCGGAACCGCAUGACCAGAUUGUAUAGAACCGGAGAUCUCGUUCAGUACACAGAUACAGGAGAAUUCAGGUUUGUUGGUCGCAAGGAUACGCAAGUUAAGCUGCGUGGACAGCGAGUGGAGAUAGGAGAGGUUGAACAUCACCUACGCCGCUGUUUUCCUGGUGCUCAGGGAGCAGUUGCUGACGUCCUUUCCUCCCAGGAUGGGCAAGCUGCUCUUCUGGCCGGGUUCGUCAUACGCACGCCGAACGAAGAUCAAAGCUGUCUUAUCCUGGAGAGCGACACAAGCUUUUCCCGGGCAGCAGCCAUUGCGCUUUCUCGGAUGAGACAGGCCCUUCCGUCAUAUAUGGUCCCAACCGUUCUGAUCCCGCUCAGUCGUCUGCCUCUCUCUUCAACGGGUAAACUGGAUCGGUGCGAUCUGCAAAGGCAGACAGCCCGGUUGUCUCGCGAACAGCUUGAUAAGUUCCGCAUGGCAGAGAAAGCCCCCCUUCGAGAACCAGAGACUCACACCCAGGCGGAGCUACGGCGACUUUUCGGGGUUGUGCUGUCGAUGCCUGAGGGACAAAUUGGAGUCGAGGACGACUUCUUUGACAGGGGAGGUGACUCCCUAUCAGCCAUGAAAUUGGUAGCGCUCGCUCAGAGGUCGGGGUACUCUUUGACAGUUGGGGACAUUUUCACAUGCCCGCGCAUAAUCGAUCUAGUGGCGAGGACAAGCAUUGUGGACGGCAUUUGUAGUGGCGAUGUACUACCGUUCAGCCUAGUCCCAGAUCUGCGGGUGCAAGAGGACAUUAUAUCAACGCUACAGGCGCAGGCCAAUAUAGCCAGAGACCAGAUUGAGGACAUGUAUCCAUGUACCCCAAUGCAAGAGGGUCUCAUGGCGCUGACACUGAAAAGUCCCGGAAAAUAUGUCGCGACGUUGUCUUACGAUCUCGUGGAAGGGGUCGACCUAGAUCGUUUUCAAGCUGCGUGGGAUGCGACUAUUGUUGCAAAUCCCAUCCUGCGUACACGGCUGGCGCAGGGUCCUGGAGGCAGCUUCCAGGUCGUGGUGCGAGAGGCGCCCUGUUGGGAGAGGUAUAGCACGCAGCAGGAUUAUGAAGAACGCGCUGAGAUGGCGGCUAUGGGGCCCCAUGUACGCUUACUUCGCCUUUCGUUAAUCCAUGAUCCUCCCCGUUUCGUUGUGACUAUCCACCAUGCCCUUUAUGAUGGCUGGUCAUUGUCUCUGCUGUGGGACCAGGCCGAGGCUGCUUACCGUGGACAAACUCUUCAGCCCCGGCCAUUUUCACCGUUCAUCCAUUAUCUUCAGCAGCAGAACGACUCAACAGCAUUUUGGCGGUCUGAAUUCGAGGAACUCAGCGCGGCUGUUUUCCCAGUGCUCCCAUACCCGACUUACGAGCCCACACCAAGCCAGGCUAUCCAUAGACGACAUUCCAUGGCAGCAGAUGUUAUGUUAAAUUUUACUAUACCGACGGCUAUCCAAUUGGCAUGGGCCAUUAUCCUGUCGUACUAUACGGACUCGCUUGAUGUCGUAUUUGGUCUAACAGUCAGCGGGCGCGCCGCAGCCUUGCAUGGCAUUGACAAACUUACAGGGCCAACUGUGACAACUGUUCCACUCCGCAUCAAGUUAGACUUCGAUCGAUUUGUACAGGAUGAGGCUCACCGGAUUCAGAAGCAGCUGACAGCCAUGACGGCUCACGAACAGACAGGAUUGCGCAACAUUCGUCCACUUAGCAGUGAUGCAGACAAGGCAUGCCAGUUUCAGAGCCAUCUGGGAAUUCUUUCAAUACCCAAGUCUAGCCAUGGCACCUUGGCGACCCAUAUUCAAAGCGAGCACCUGGACUACGGGGGGUUUGCAAGCUACGGUUUUGUUCUUAUCUGCCAAUUAGCCCCGGAAGCGCAUGAUCAUCUGGAUAUUAUUGCCCAGUAUGACCCGGGCAUGUUGGGUGUAGACCAAGUCCAGAGAAUUGUCAUGCAGUUCGAGCACAUUCUCGACCAAAUCGUCUCUCACCCGGGCUUGUCUCUACGAUGUCUCUCAGCAGUUAGUGAUUAUGAUUGGAAAGAAAUGACUGGCUGGAAUGCUACACUGCCACCGUCAUCAGAGAGUUGCUUACAUGAUUUGGUCCUUGGCCAUGAAAUUUCCCGUUCAUCUGCACUAGCGGUUUGUGCUUGGGAUGGAGACUUGACGUUCGAACAGUUAGCCUCCUCCUCUCUUAGGCUAUCACAAGUACUUUGGAACAGCGGUCUUCAGGAGGGGUCGGUUGUGCCUAUUUGUUUGGAAAAAUCAAAAUGGUCGGUCAUAUGCAUGGUCGCUAUCUUACGUUCUGGAGCAACUGCCACGUGCAUUGACCCUAUACUUCCAAUAGAACGGCUGCAGAGUAUUAUGAAUCAGACCAAGCCUCAAGUGGUUAUAUGCUCAAAAGAGACCGAGGGGAAGUUUAAGGGACAUUCUAUUGCCACAGUAUUGACUGUGCCCUUUCCAAUGCAAGUGCUUGGGCUCGGUUCGGGUUCUGCUGAAAAGGCCUCGGUAAGCCCCAGCUCCCCAGCAUUUAUUGUCUUCACGUCCGGAUCGACCGGACGGCCAAAGGGUAUAGUUAUGGAACAUCGAAACUUAUCAACGAGCAUUCAAUAUCACCGCGAGGCGUUGAACAUUACCCAGAAUAGCCGAAUGCUUCAUUUUGCGUCAUAUGCCUUUGAUGCUAGUGUUUAUGAGAUAUUCACAACUCUUGUCACCGGAGGAUGCGUCUGUAUACCGUUCGAGUCUGAGCGGAUGAACGCAAUUGAACAAUUCAUUGCAGACAAGCAAGUAAACGUUGCCCUCUUGACCCCAUCGAUGCUUGCCAUACUGGAUCCGGAUCAGGUACCCAGUCUGAAGACUGUUAUAUCAGGAGGCGAAGCGCUGACACGGCACGUUGUUGGUCGAUGGGCAUCUCGUGUAGCACUAAUCAAUGCUUAUGGCCCGGCUGAGACGAUUAUAUGCGCGGCAGGGCCAGUCGUCGAGGGAGAUUGGACGCCAGGCACCGUUGGCCCUGUCCUAGGCGGAGCAGCAUGGGUGGCUGCUCCCUCUGAUCCCACACGAUUAGUCCCUCUCGGCGCAGUGGGCGAGCUCAUCAUUGAAGGGCCAAUUGUCACAAGAGGAUACAUGAACAGCCCUGAACUCACGCGGGCAGGGUAUAUCGACGCCCCAGAAUGGCUCACUCGUUUCCGAAAUGGCCGCCCAGGCCGCCUCUAUCGCUCUGGUGACCUUGUCGAGCUUACUACUGAGGGGACAGUUCGGUUUAUCGGUCGCAAAGACACGCAGAUUAAGCUGCGCGGACAGCGUAUUGAGUUGGCUGAAGUCGAAUAUCAUGUGCGUAAGUGUAUCGGAGGUUUUGAUGCGAUUGUCGAGAUUGUAAAUAUAGACGGUUCGCCGAUCUUAUUUGCCUGUGUUGUUCAGGGCAUGUCCGGCGGGAAGGCCGAAGACGGACUCUUCCUUCCUCCCACAGGCGCCUUCCAAAGGGCCAUGCAGGUCGCCCAGGUCUCUCUUCGUGAUGCUAUCCCUGAAUAUAUGAUCCCAUCCGUGUUUCUUCCUAUCUCCAAAGCUCCUCAGACAACUGGAGGAAAGAUAGACCGCAAUGCUCUUCGCAAAGCUGUCGAGGGUCUUUGGCCCUCUAAAAUUCAGCGAUACACGGCCGCAGCACAACGCAGCCACCGGCAACCAUCAACCGCACGAGAAAAGGCUAUUCAAGCCGUCUGGGCCCAUGUCUUGAACAAGAGCCUCGAGAUGGUUGGCGUUGACGACAGCUUCUUCUAUCUCGGCGGAGACUCAAUCAGUGCGAUGCAGAUUGUCUCCCAAUUGAAAACCGCCGGAAUCCGCACCACCGUCGAGUGCAUUUUUCAACAGAGCACGAUUGCCAAAAUAGCUACAACAGCCAUGAGUGAUGUCAUCAGCCCAUCUGAUUGUAGGCAGGAAGAGUCCUGCGAUACUCCAUUCCGCCUAUCACCGAUCCAACAGCUAUUCCUGGACAGAGUCCCGGUGCACUAUGACCAUUUCAACCAGAGCUUUCUCUUUGAACUCCAGCGACCCGUGCAGGCUGACAAGGUAGAGCAGGCCAUACAAUACAUAGUACGGUCUCAUCCCAUGCUGCGGGCGCGGUUCUCCCGUCAUCCGGUAGGGGGCUGGCAUCAGACAAUCACCAAGGAUGUGGACGGUUCUUACCGGUAUGAGCAACACGUGAAUAUGACACAGAACGACGCCGAACCCAUUUUCAUGGAACACCAGAAAACAUUAAGCAUUGAAAAUGGGCCAUUGCUUGCUGUGGACUUGAUGAGCAUCCACGGCGAGAAACAAUGGCUGUCCAUAAUUGCCCACCAUCUCGUUGUCGAUAUCGUAUCUUGGCAGACUAUCUUGGACCAGCUAGAGCGGCUUUUAGGAUCGAUGCCUGUCAUCCCAACGAGCACAAUGCCCUUCCUUAGAUGGAGCCGACUUCAAGAAGAGCACAUAGCCUCUGACCCAAAGAUAAGAGACCAGGCUGCUCCCUUGGCGCUUAUGGAUUAUUGGGGGCUUUCUGAAACCAGCAAUGAUUACGCUGACGUAGACGUCUACGAAACAAGGCUUAACUACCAGCAUACUAGUUGUCUGCUGGGGCCUGCCAAUGAAGCAUUUCGCACAAGGCCAAUCGAGUUGCUGCAGGCGGCGCUGAUGCAUGCGUUCGCGAGGACAUUCCCCGAUAGACCGACCCCUGUUGUCUUCAAUGAAGCCCACGGGCGCGAUCCAUGGGCAGACGAUAUUGACGUGACAGGAACCGUUGGCUGGUUUACGAAUAUCUGGCCCUCCCAUGUGCCUCUAGAUCCCGGUACUGAUCUAAUAGACGCGGUAUGUCGCACUAAGGAUGGUCGACGCGAUUCCCAGGACCUUGGGCGAUUCUUCUUGGGGACGCGUCAAGAGCUUGUCAACCAGGGACCACAUGUCGGUCGCUUUGCUCUUAUUGACAUCCUUGCCGAAGUGACAGAUGGAACAUUAUCUGUUCAGUUUAUGUACAACCGGCGUAUGAGGCACGCAGAGAGGAUCAUCGAAUGGGCAGAACGCACCCAGGGGGCCCUGUCGAGUCUAGCCCAGCGGCUUCCCACUAUUCCUUCUCGUCUGACUCGAUCUGAUGUGCCUCUACUGCGCUUGACUGACGGGCAAUUCUCCGAAUUCCAGGCCCAAAUAGUCGACCAACUCACUACCGCAGGAAAGGCCGUGGAGGAUGCAUAUCCCUGUGCGCCCAUCCAACUCGGCAUGCUGCUAAGUCAGGCGAAAAAUCCGCAAAACUAUACAAGUCGCCUGGUAUGGACAAUGCAGGCCCAAGACGAGGGACCUAUCCAGAUUGACCGGCUCAUGAGGGCGUGGGGGCAGGUUGUGAAUAGACACCGGCUACUUCGCACUAUAUUUGUGGACAGUCUGCGAGGGGACGGCAGCAUUGACCAGGUCGUCCUAGAAGAUGUACAGCCAACUAUUGUCAAUCUAGUCAUAACAGGGACAGAGAGCCUCAUACAAGGAUUAAGUCAUUUGGAGCGUUCUCCUUUGCCUGACUUGCAUCCAGCGCACCGGUUAACGAUCUGUCAGUCUCCUACAGGCUCGGUAGGUUGCGCUCUUGACGUCAACCACGCUCUGGUGGACGGCAACUCGCGCCAGAUCAUUCUACAUGACCUAUUACUAGCAUGCGACGGUAUGCUGCCUCCGGAAUCAGAUCAUGUAUACAGAGACUACGUUUCAUAUCUGCAGCAGCCGCUAUUAGAUCCGGCCCGCACCUACUGGGAUCAAUACACGGAGGGUCUCGAACCCUGCAUUUUCCCCAACCUAAUGGGUGGUAGUGAAAACAUUCCCACUGCAGAAAUUGGCAGAGUGGACCGCUCGUUACGUGGGAUUUCGUCCCUGCGUGAGUUCUGCCGAAUCAACGAACUGACAAUGGCUUCGGUCUUCCAAGUGGCCUGGGGGCUGGUACUCCGUGCAUACGCGCGUACCGAGGACAUAUGCUAUGGCUAUAUGACGUCCGGCCGUGAUACACCCAUCGCUGGCAUUGAGGAUGCAGUAGGACCGUUUAUCAAUAUGCUAGUACAGCGGCUGGACUUCCGUGGAGGUUCCAGUACACUCGAACUACUGCGAAAAUGCCAGAUUGACUUUGCGCAUAGUCUGAGCUUCCAAUAUCUGUCACUUGCCGAAGUCACCCAUCGGCAUCAGCACAACCUUUUCAAUUCUAUCAUAUCGGUUCAGUCUUUCAUGGCGAGAUAUACACUUCCACACUCUUCACUGAUAAUUGAUGAUCAAGGUGGCAACGAUCCAACAGAGUACGACCUAGCAGUCAAUAUUGGAAUUGACGUAGACGACAUCCACAUAGUCAUGGAUUUUAGAUGUGGGUUACUCACCAAUGACCAGGCAGCAUUCGUCCUCGAUGCUUUCGAGCAAGCAGUGCAGGGUAUUGUGGACUUCAGCGACCAACCGGCUCGAUCAGUCCCACUCCUCGGUGGAAGCUCUUAUGAGACCAUACGGAGGUGGAAUCAGAAGAUCCCGCAGCCUGUAGAGCGAUGCGUCGGCGACAUGAUCCUGGACAACUACCGCACAAAGCCUUCUUCUCCAGCUGUCUGCGCCUGGGAUGGCGAUUUUACCUAUGCAGGUCUGGAGACACAAUCAGCGCGACUGGGCCGUGAACUCCGUGGCUGUUAUGGCGUGGGCCCCGAGGUCUUCGUUCCAAUCUACGCUAUCAGGUCCCGCUGGGUCACUGUAGCAAUCACAGCAGUAAUUCGAGCCGGCGGCGCUUUCAUUCUCUUGGAUCCCAGCCAUCCACUGCCCCGUCUGCGUACCAUAUGCGCCGACGCUCGGGCCGCUGUGAUAUUAGCACCCUCACAAAGUCAGGACAUAGCGGCCCAGUUGGUUAGUCGGGUGGUGACUUUUGGUGAGGAACUUGGAGAAGCGGGAGACAGUAGUGGCGAUGUGCAUGGGGGGACAGAGAUGGCCCCUGAACUUACCCCAAACAAUGCGCUAUACGGCAUCUUCACCUCUGGAUCAACUGGGCAGCCAAAAGGGGUGAUUGUCCACCAUCGGGCCUUUGCCACAUCUGCCGUCAGUCAGGCUGGAACCUUGAAGAUAGGCCCUGAGUCUCGCGUGUUGCAGUUCGCGUCAUUCGCCUUUGAUGCUGCAAUUGGCGAGAUUCUCACAACCUUGGUUCAGGGCGGCUGCGUGUGCAUCCCUUCGAACGAGCAGCGCCAGCAAGCAUUAUCCAGAGCUGCAUACGAGCUACAGGCAAACUGGGCUUUACUGACUCCGUCGGUGGCGCGUGCUUUGCGACCAGCCGACUUCCCAACGCUGCGCACCUUAGUCCUAGGCGGCGAAGCAGUGAGCAGCAAGGAGGUGCAAAUAUGGUCCCCAAAUUUAGAUGUCAUUGUCGGAUAUGGCCCGGCGGAAUGUGCUGUAUGGUGUUCCGGUACAGUGGAGCAUCCUGGCUCCGACUAUUGCAGCCUGGGACGACCAUUUGGCUGUCGCAUGUGGAUUGUUGAAGCUGAAAACCCAGACAUUCUUGUCCCCAUUGGUGCCGUGGGUGAACUGGUGGUUGAAGGUCCCAACAUUGCCCGAGGCUACCUGAACGAUGCUCGCACUGCUCGAGCAGCUUUCCUGGACGGUCCCCGGCCCUGGCUCAACGGGAAAACGAGCCGUCUAUUUAGAACGGGCGACUUGGCGCGAUACAAAGCGGAUGGCUCGCUACAUUUCGUAGGCCGCAAAGAUCUCCAGGUUAAGUUACGCGGGCAGCGGUUCGAGCUGGCUGAGGUGGAGCAUCACCUCCGUCAAGUAUUUGACCAAACGCAUGGCACUCUUGCAGAAGUAGCUACCACAUGCAACGAUACCAAGCUCUUGGUAGCAUAUAUCCAUCUACCAGAUCUGUCAAUCUCGGCUGAGGGCCCUGGCGAGUUGCUGAUUAGGCCCGCCACUCAUACGUUCCGCUCCAGCGUUCAAGCUGCCCAGACGAAGCUUCGUAUGUGCAUGCCUGAGUAUAUGGUGCCAACAUUGUAUCUACCGUUGCAGCAAGUGCCCCUGACAGCCAAUGCGGACUUGGAGGCCUACUCUGCUUCGGCCACCACCCGCACCAAGCCGUCCACGCCGGUGGAACAAUGCCUACAGCAGAUCUGGUCUGAGAUACUGAACCGCCCUAAGAGCACAAUUGGUUUAGAAGACAAUUUUUUCCGCCUGGGCGGAGACUCGAUUCGCGCCAUGGGUAUGAUUCCCGCGGCUCGAGAAGUGGGCUAUCGUAUUACCAUGGCCAAUAUCUUCAACAAUCCCAGGCUCGGCGACUUAGCGCGGGUCGCAAGGCCCACCCCUGGGAUAGCAGUGGCCUCGUUAGCGCUGGCGCCGUUCGCGCUGAUUGAGAAUUCGAGAGACCUUACAGAUACCGCAGCAGAGCACUGUGGCAUAUAUCCUCAUCAAAUUGAGGAUAUCUAUCCCUGCACGCCACUGCAGGAAGGCCUCAUGGCCUUGUCCAAUAAAAUCACCGACCGUUACAAGGUGACUUUCCGGUACCAGCUUGAGCCUCAGGUCGAGCUCGAGCAAUUCCAAACCUCCUGGGUUGCCAUCGCUGCGAUCAAUCCCAUUCUUCGGGCGCGCAUGAUACAAUCAGACUAUCACCCCGGCACGUUUCAGGUGGUUCUGUUCGAUUCACCCCAUUUCCACAUUUUCGAAAGCCAGGAAGUUUGCGAUGAACACAUCCGUGAUUGUCAAAUGGCACUUGGUAAUGCAUUGGUUGAUUUCUCAUUGAUAUGUUCGCGUGAUUUGGACGCCGUACAAUUUUACCUGACAAUGCAUCAUGCCGUGUAUGAUGGGUGGACACUCCCAUCUCUGUGGACACAGGUAGAGGCGCACUACCGACAUAAGAGAAUGCCAACCCCACCUCCCUUCAAUCAAUUUAUUGAAUAUGUCCAGCUUCAAGCCAACGUAGCAGCUGGGUAUUGGCGCAAUGAAUUCUCUGGCCUGUCUGCUCCUGUCUGGCCUCCAUUGCCCUCAGCACGCCAUGUACCAGUGGCAGACGCCUCCCUACACCAGACUAUUACCGGCCUUCACAGCAGUAGCUUAAAAUAUACCACCACAACAUUCAUCCACCUGGCCUGGGCCAUGGUCAUAUCAUAUCAGACCGACUCUGAUGAUAUUGUCUAUGGUGUCACUCUAAACGGACGCGGUACGCCGUUGACCGGUAUUGAAGAUAUGACAGGGCCCACCUUCAGCAGCUUCCCGCUACGUGUUCAAUUAGGGCUUGACUGCUACACGGUAGAGGACGCUUUGUCUAAGAUUCAGCAGCAGGCGGCAGAUCGAAUACCCUUCCAGCAUUUUGGGUUACAGAAUAUCCGGACUACAAGUCCGGAGGCCGUACAGGCGUGCCAGUUUCAAUCCUAUUUGGCCAUACAAGCCGCGCCUCCGUCACAGGAAGCCUCUAGUCUGGUUGCAGAGUUACGAGAUGGCCGUGAGGACUACGGCGCACUUGCAGAGUAUGCCUUCGUGAUGGUCUGCCGUCUGAAUGACGCAGAUAUAUCGUCCAUGCAGGUGAUUGCGAAUUAUGACCCGCAGGUUAUAUCGUCUGCGAUGGCUAAGAGAAUAGCAGGACAGUUCUCCCACAUACUUCAACAGCUCCCUAAGAAUCUGCAAACCCCGCUAAAUCAACUUGAUGUUCUUAGUCCUGAUGACAAUAAUCAACUGUCUGUAUGGAAUCGUGAGCUUCCAUCGUCUUUAGAUGUGUGUUUGCACGAUCUCGUGCGCGCCCAUGCCACUGUAGCCCCUGAUUCGGCGGCCAUCUGUGCAUGGGAUGGGAAGCUCACGUAUGCGCAGCUGAUGGCCCUCUCCGGACAACUCGCUAAUCAGCUGCGCGUUUUUGGUGUGCAUCCUAGCGCUCUGGUGCCACUGUGCUUUGAAAAGUCCAAAUGGACCGCUGUCGCCAUGUUGGCUGUUCUGCGAGCUGGCGGCGCAUGUGUGCCCUUAGAUCCAGGACACCCUCCUCAUCAUAUUCAGAACAUUGUUCGCCGUACAAAAGCUAAGCUAAUCCUGGCAUCCCACAAAAAUCGUCAACGUUUCCAGGCAAAGUGUGAUGCCAAAGUCGUAACCAUACCCUUACAGGGAGUGGCAGCACAAGCAACCACUGAAUCCUGGCCAGCGCCCUCCUGCCAUGAUGUUGCAUUCGUCAUCUCCACAUCUGGCAGCACGGGUGAACCAAAGGGAAUCCUCAUAGAGCACGUUGAUCUCUGUACAGGAAUCCGAGAUCACAGCCCGCCGAUGCGCAUUAAUUCUUCGACUCGCGCGCUACAUUUUGCCUCUUACGCCUUUGACGCCAGUAUCUAUGAACUGUUCUCUGUAUUAGCCAACGGCGGCUGUGUCUGUAUUCCAUCUGAUUUGGACCGUCUUGGCAAUCUGGCUGGAUUCAUCCGCGAGGCGCAGGUUAAUUUUGCACUAUUGACGCCUUCAGUCAUAGAUCGCCUGCUGCGACCGGAGCUAGUUCCAAGGCUCGAUACAAUUGCCUUUGGGGGCGAGGCAGUGACCCAGGAUAUUGUCGACCGCUGGCCACCAAAUCGCAGGUUGAUCAAUGCAUAUGGACCUGCAGAAGCAACUAUCUGUGCUGUUGGCGAUAUUAACCCCUGUUCUUGGACCGCCGGCAUGAUAGGGCCCGUUAUUGGAGGUGUUGGAUGGGUCACUAUGCCGUCGGAUGUGUCUCGUCUUGCUCCCGUGGGUGCUGUAGGGGAGUUGGUGAUCGAAGGUCCGGUUGUCACCCGUGGCUAUCUAGAUGAUCCAGAACGAACCGCCGCAGCCUAUAUCAGUCCGCCGGGUUGGUUAACUCGAUUUCGGGGGAAAGAAAGGCCAGGUCGUCUCUAUCGCACCGGAGACUUGGUACAAUAUACCGACGACGGAGGGAUUCGUUUUGUAGGUCGAAAGGACACCCAAAUCAAGUUGCGCGGUCAGCGCAUUGAGCUAGCACAUGUCGAAUACCAUGUACGACAGUGCUUCCCGGAGGCAGCAGAUAUCAUCGCCGAAAUUGUCCUGCGCGAAGGGAGGAAUCCUACGUUGAUCGCAUUUAUCGCCCAGACGCCGUCUGAUGGCGGUAAAUAUGCGAAUGAUCAAAGCGAUGCUUAUCAUGACAGCAGCUUGUUUCUCAGAAGCUGCACAUCAUUCCGGAGGCAAGUCGAGGCAGCUACCGCACGCCUACAAUCACUCUUGCCUGCAUAUAUGGUUCCUGCCAUGUUUUUACGUCUGGCGCAUGUCCCUCGAACAGGAAGCGAUAAAUUGGACCGACGACAACUUCGUGAUCAUACCUCCCUCCUUUCCAGCGAUCAAAUCCGGGCCUUGUCGGCGGGAUCGGAUGGGAUAUCAAGCACCUCGUAUCCUCCCCAGACGGCACGGGAGCGCUUGCUUCAGCAGCUUUGGGCCACGGUUUUGAAGAUUCCGCUGCAUAGGAUUGGAAUCAAAGAUGACUUUUUCGAAUCGGGCGGCGACUCCAUCCAAGCCAUGAGAAUGGUUAGCCUGCUACGAAGAGAAGGGUUGAGUCUGAAUGUGUCCGACAUCUUUGCGUGGCCAGUGCUCGAAGAGCAGGCUUGCGGUGCACGGGAGCAUAGCAUAGGCCUAGUGGAUGUAGAGACCUACCAUCCGGGGUCACUACUCGAUAUUAAAACCGCAGACCUGCAAACGUUUGCCACACGCGAAUUAGGUUAUCCCUUCAAUACCUCAGUCUCUGGAUGGUUUACAGGCUUGGAGGUCGAAGAUAUUCUUCCUACAACAGAAUUUCAGCGUCAAUUCCUGGAGCACCAGCAGAUCCAUUACAUACAGCUUCACCUGCCGGUGAAGAUCGAUGCGGAACGCUUAGAGAAGGCGUGCCGUGCCAUCGUAGACAAGCACCCCAUGCUCCGGUCUGCUUUUCUGCCCUAUCAAGAAGGGUAUCUACAGGUAUUGUUCCGCCGUCUGGAUUUUGACUUCAUCCAAAUCUCGUGUAGUGAGGACUUUGACGCUUGUAUCGAGCGUCUUUGUGUGGAAAACGCCUCGGCUGGGGUCGCUUGGGGAACCCCAUACUUCCAGACUCUGCUUGUCUCGCAAUCUCCGUCGAAUUCGGUUCUAAUCGUGCGCGGUAGCCAUGCUCAAUUCGAUGGAGAAUCGAUGCCCCUGAUAAUUCAAGAUCUAAUUUCGGUAUAUGAGACAGGGCAACUCGACCAGGUCACUUCGCCGUCUUUUGCACUGUACUUGCGGCACCGCCAGAUACAGGCAAACCCACGCACAUAUAAUUUCUGGGAGCAGUACUUGCGGGAUGCUGCGAUGACGACUCUCAACCUCUCGGGAUCAGACAGCGACCUUCCCCUCAAUGCCCGUCGAACCAUUCCUCUGCCCACACCACCCCGCGGAGUCACGAUGUCAUCUUUCAUAAACGCCGCCUGGGCCGUGGUUUUAGCUCAAGUCACCGGCCAACGGGACCUUGUGUUCGGUCACGUCCUGAACGGACGCGACAUACCCGUCGCCAGCAUCCAUGCUAUGUCUGGGCCGUGCGUUACUGUCUCCCCCAUUCGCAUAACCAUCCCCUCGUCCUCUUCCAAUAACCAAGUCCUCGAGUUAUUGUGUCAUGUACAGCACCAAUACACUCAGACCUUGCCAUAUGCGGGCAUAGACUUUGAGACCAUUCGCCAGCACGCGACGUCAUGGCCCGCGAAUGUAUCCUUCGGCAGUCUUUUAACACAUCAGAAUGGCGCCCAUAGAUCGAACUACACAUUCAAGGGAGUUGAAUGUACUUUGAAGACUCGGGUCAUAGGCGACAUUCCCCAGUUUCAUGUAGUCACGGUUCCUUUACAGGAUCAGAAUGAACUGAUUGUGUACCUUGACAUCUCUAGUCGGCUGGGGAGUUUGGGAGAUAUAAAGGAUUUGUUGGAGAGGUUUUGCUCUGCCAUUGCAGAUUUAGAUCGUGGGGUGGUUCCUCUUUGA